AUGGGAGGAGACCCCCUCCCUCCUCCGCCGUCAUCCUCCGGCGAAGACGGCGGCGACCCCUUCGGCACCUGGUACGGGAACAUUGACUACCUCUUGAACAUCUCGGCGAUCGGCUCCGCCUGCUGCCUCUUGAUCUUCCUCCUCGUCAAGCUCCGCAGCGACCACCGCCGCAUGCCGGGGCCCGCCGCCCUCGCCUCCAAGCUUCUCGCUGUUUGGCACGCCACCGGUCGCGAAAUCGCCCGCCACUGCGGCGCCGACGCCGCGCAGUUCCUCCUCAUCGAGGGCGGCAGCUGCGCCCUCCUUCUCUCCCUCGCCGUGCUCUCUGUCACCGUCCUCCUCCCGCUUAACCUAUCCGCCGGCACCGCCGUCCUUGACGACGGCUUCUCUAGAACCACCAUCACGCACAUCGAGAAAGGCUCCUCCCUGCUCUGGAUUCACUUCCUCUUCGCCGUUGUUGUCGUGGUUUUGGUCCACUUUGGGAUUUCCGCCACCGAGGAGCGUUUGAGGAUUACGAGGUUCAGGGAUGGGUACGGUAAUUUGAGUGAUCCUGCCGCUAAUUCCACUGCUAUAUUCACUAUAAUGGUUCAGGGUUUGCCAAAAAUUAUAGCCGCUGAUAGGGUAGUGUUGCACGAGUAUUUUCAGUAUAGGUAUCCUGGGAAGGUUUAUAAGGUUAUUGCUCCAAUGGAUUUGUGUGCCUUGGAUGAUUUAGCCAAUGAAUUGUUGCGUGUGAGGGAUGAAAUUUCGUGGCUAGUGGCCAGGAUUGACUCUCGGCUUUUGCCGGACGAUGAGCGUGAUAGUAGUGGUUCCCCCACCGGAUUGUGGGGUUCGGUGGUUUGUUGUUGGAAAUGCUUGAAGGGUUUGUGUGUUGAUUUUAAAGGGAGGUUUGGUUAUAGUGAUGAAGAGAGGUUGAGAAAGUUGCAGGAGCUGAGGGCUGAAUUGGAGAGUGAGUUGGCUGAUUAUAAAGAAGGGCGUGCGCCUGGUGCUGGUGUUGCAUUUGUUAUGUUCAGGGAUGUGUAUACUGCUAAUAAGGCUGUUCAGGAUUUUCAAAAUGAGAAGAGGAGGAGAAUCGGAAAGUUCUUUUCUGUUAUGGAGUUGCGGUUGCGCCGGAACCAGUGGAAAGUUGAGAGGGCUCCCUUGGCCACUGACAUCUACUGGAAGAACAUGGGGACGCCGAGGAUGUCGCUGAAGUUGCGGCGGGUGUUUGUGAACACUUGUUUGUUAUUAAUGCUUUUGUUUUUCAGCUCACCCCUUGCGGUGAUUACUGCUGUGCAGAGUGCCGGGAGGAUUAUCAAUGCUGAAGCUAUGGAUAGUGCGCAGCUGUGGUGGGCUUGGGCGGAAAGCUCUAGCUGGCUUGCAAGUAUUAUAUUUCAGUUUUUACCCAAUGUGAUCAUAUUUGUUAGCAUGUAUAUUGUGAUCCCUUCUGCUCUUUCAUAUCUCUCGAAGUUUGAACGGCAUUUGACAGUGUCUGGGGAGCAAAGGGCUGCACUGUUGAAGAUGGUUUGUUUCUUCCUUGUGAAUCUUAUUCUCUUGAGGGGUUUGGUAGAAUCGUCGUUAGAGAGUACCAUCUUGAAGAUGGGUCGGUGCUAUUUGGAUGGAGAAGACUGCAAGAGGAUUGAGCAGUAUAUGAGUGCAUCGUUCCUGUCCAAGUCAUGUCUUUCCUCACUCGCAUUUCUGAUCACAAGUACUUUCUUGGGGAUUUCUUAUGAUCUGUUGGCACCCAUUCCUUGGAUUAAAAGAAACCUACAGAAAUUUCGGAAGAAUGACAUGCUUCAAUUGGUGCCAGAACAAAGUGAAGAAUACCCUUUAGAACAUCAGGGCAUAGAUAGUAGUCUUCAGAGACCACUAAUGCACGACAAUGCUUAUGACAUUGCCAAUGGGGAUCAUGUCGAGGGACAAGAUCUUUUUGUUUAUCCAAUCACUGGAAGCUCACCUGCUCCCAAACAGACGUUCGAUUUUGCACAGUAUUAUGCCUUUAAUUUGACAAUUUUUGCCUUGACUCUAGUAUAUUGUUCAUUUAAUCCCCUUGUGGUCCCUGUUGGUGCUGUAUAUUUUGGGUAUAGAUAUGUGGUUGACAAGUACAAUUUUUUAUUUGUCUACCGAGUUCGUGGCUUUCCUGCAGGCAAUGAUGGUAGGUUAAUGGAUACUGUAAUAUGCAUCAUGCGUUUCUGUGUUGAUCUAUUCCUACUUGCCAUGCUCCUAUUCUUCUCAGUUCGGGGGGACUCUACCAAGCUGCAAGCCAUAUUCACUCUCGGGUUAUUAGUCAUGUAUAAAUUAUUGCCUUCAAGUAACGAUAGUAUUCAACCAGCUAUUUUGGAGGGCAUUCAAACGGUUGACAACGUUGUUGAUACUAGGCCUAUUGAUUAUGAGGUCUAUUCACAACCCAGAUUUGAUUGGGAUACCUCCCAAAGAUGA